AAAGUAGCCGACGGCCAAGGCCCUGAUCUCCCCUCUCCCGCAGUUUUCAUAUAUAAUACAUCAUCCUCCAAGGUUUGUCAACUUUCCCCUCUUCGCUUCUGUCUCAAUUCCACUUGGCGUCAAUCGCCUCCUACCCAUGUCUCACAGACACAUCCAACGUCAGUCUGACAGAGACGUCCGCAUGCACGACCCACAUCCUCAUGCUAUCCUCACACAUCCACCUCACCAACCUGCACCUCAUCUAAAUGGCAAUGCAACAGCCUUGCCUACUACACCAGCUCUUUCAAAUGGUUCAAGCCAUGCACAUACAGCAUCCAAUCAGAUCGUAUCGCCUGUCGUAGUACCCAACGCCCCCGCCUCGAACGGCGUUGCUCCCCCUCCAUCAAGCGUCAUUCACAAAUUGGCAGUGGCCAACGAACAAACGUGGCUUUUGAUCGGGCGUGUCGCGGAGCAGAUGGGCGACCUUGAACAUGCGAUCACAGCAUAUGAAAACGCUCUACGGCAUAACCCGAUGUCCCUGUCAGGACUUACACAAGUUGCGGGAAUCGCGCGGAUUAAGGAAAAUUAUCCAAAGGCCGUAGAGUAUUUCCAACGCGUUCUUCAAUUACAAGAAGACAACGGCGAAGUAUGGAGCGCGCUCGGCCAUUGUUAUCUCAUGCAGGAUGAUCUGCAGAAGGCUUACUCCGCUUAUCAGCAGGCCUUGUACCUCCUCCCUAACCCAAAGGAGGAUCCAAAGUUGUGGUACGGUAUCGGUAUACUAUAUGACCGGUACGGAUCCUUGGACCACGCCGAAGAGGCCUUCGCUUCGGUCCUCAAGAUGGACAAAGAAUUAGAUUUUGACAAGGCAAAUGAGAUUCUUUUCCGUCUCGGCAUAAUCUACAAGCAGCAGGGCAAAUAUGAUGAUUCACUCAGCUGCUUCGAUCGUAUCCUCCGUAAUCCUCCAAGCCCUCUCGCCCAUGCGGACAUCUGGUUCCAGAUUGGACAUGUCUACGAACAACAGAAAGACCAUGUCCGCGCAAAGGACGCAUAUGAACGUGUUGUUGCUGAUAACCCUGGCCACGCAAAAGUUCUUCAACAAUUAGGGUGGCUGUAUCACCAAGAUGGUUCUUCUUUCCAGAACCAAGAACUUGCCAUUCAGUACCUGACAAAGAGCCUGGAAGCUGACCCUUCAGACGCUCAAAGCUGGUAUCUUCUUGGCCGUGCUUACAUGGCUGGCCAGAAGUACAAUAAAGCAUAUGAAGCCUACCAGCAGGCGGUUUACCGCGACGGCCGUAACCCCACCUUCUGGUGUUCAAUUGGUGUCCUUUACUUCCAAAUCAACCAAUUUCGUGACGCUCUUGAUGCAUACUCGCGUGCCAUCCGCAUCAAUCCUUAUAUCUCUGAGGUCUGGUUUGACUUGGGCAGCCUUUACGAGAGUUGCAACAACCAAAUCUCAGAUGCCAUCGAUGCUUAUGCUCGCGCAAGCGAACUUGACCCUGGCAACCACGUCAUUUCGCAGCGUCUCCAGCUCCUUAAGAAUGCGCAAGCCACUGGUGGUCAGCUGCCUGCUGCACCAGGCCCUCAGGAUGUGCACCCAACUGCUUAUGCCAGUGCCGUCGUUCCUCCUCCAGGACUCACCGGUCCUCCUCUCCUGCUGCAAUCAACGUCGACCCGCCCCCCAAUCUUCCGGCCUCAGUCAAGUGGCCCGCCUAGUGGUGACAACCUUCAUUUGCCUCCUCCUGCACCUGCUCCCGCCUCUAGGUCAUCACCUGGUCCGUUCCGGGGUGGUCCCCCACCGCCUGUAGUGUUGGACGAGAGUCGUCACAUGCCUUCACACACACCUCUCGCGCCCAUGGAUGUUGAUCGUCCACCUCAUCCUCGUGACUACCCUAGUUCAUCGCGCGAGGGCCCAAGUCGCGGGCCAACUGGCCACCAAACCCUCCUCCUUCACCACCCUGUUCCACAGCAGCAAGUGCAAACGGAGGAGCUUCGUAACUCUGCCGUUCACGGGCCUGGUCAAUACAAUGACCACUUCCCUGGCCGUCCACUCAGGGUCCCUUCGACGUCCGCUUCGCCACCGCCACCACACAAUUCACGAGUCCGAUCCCCAGGUCCUGGGUACCCAAACUAUCCUCCAUCAAGCAGACAACCUGUGGGACCUGCCCAGCCCAACCUGGCUCAACGAUCGCCGCCUAAUUACCCUCGUGAGGCACCUCGCCCAGAGCAUGACAUGGCGUGGGACCGCCGUGGGCCACCCCCUGAACACCAUCGAGAAUGGGAGCGUGAACGGGAGCGUCGAGGACGCCCUGAGUACCCCUCACAUCCUUCGCAGCAACCUUAUUACCCCUCACGCUCUCCCGGCCCUCGUGGACACAGCCCAAUGGAAACGUCUCCUCGCUCUGCACAUCCAUCCGCACAUCCUUCUCGUGCAUAUUGGGACUCCAAGCCCCCUGGUGGCCCUCCUCACCCUCGCUCACCUCCACCACCAGGUCCUCCUGAGGGUGGGCACUGGCGAUACGACCCUGCACGCGAUCAGGAAAGAGACGCUCGGGAUUAUGAACGGGAGCGGGAACGUCAGCUGCAUGAGCAACGCAGGCAAUCGAUGGGUUUCGCUGGUUCUCCAGAAGGCAUUCCCCAUCCGCUUCCCCACCACAUGGGGGGCAACUCGCGCCCCUCUGAGAGCCCACGACCUACUCCUGCCCCUGAUGCGCGCGACCGCAAACGAAAGCAAACGAAGGAUAGCAAGGAUUCGGACACGCAGAGCAUCGCUGGUACUGGGGUCAUUGGCGAGGCACCGAAGAAGGAGAAGAAGCGAAGGCAGCGGCGCCCCAAGGAUGAGUCUGGUCGGUCAGAUUCUAAUGGAGUUCCUUCGAACAUGCCUGCUACAUUCAAAAUCGGCUCUUUCUCUGCAAAAGAGGGUCCUGAGACAUCUUCCUCUGGAAGUAGGUCGUUGCAGCCUUCGCCUACAAGCGCAACGCCUCGUCCACCUUCACGUGUUGUAGAUGAUGACUAUGAUGAAGGCAUAGACACGCUUCUUCAAUUUUCGCAACACCCCACCGACCGUGGAUCUGUCUCUUCUUCCUCGCGCAGCCGUCCUUCACCUCCUGAAGUUUCAGGCUCCCUUAAGCGUCCUCUUAGCCCGGUCGCGGAUGAGAUGGACACGAAGCGAUCUCGUGUGGAUGGUGGUGGCAAGCGCAGCGUGUCAUCUCCAUCAGGUGGACGACGCACUCCCAUACCUUCGUCGCGACCAUCACCUAUACCCUUCCGUACCCAACCCUCGCAUUCCCCCGAGUCGCGUCAUACUGAGUCUCACUACGCUACUAGCCCACCCCAGCUAGCUGUGGUGCUUCCACCUCAUCCCCGCCCCAUUGGCCAUGCAUCGCACACUGGUCCAUCUGCCCCUAUCGCACUUCCUCCCAUUGCCACACUGUCCCCUGCAUCAAGCGUCCCUUCCCCAUCCGAUGACCGGAUGAUUCUCGACUCCCACCGUUCCCAGACUCCUCCAUCGCGAGGAAAACUUUCCGAGGUCAUGAACCCAGCAGCAGGCUCCCCACCAAUGAAGCCAACCACAUCUCCCGCUCGCUCGCAAGAAAGAACUGCGCCUUCCCCUCCUUAAUGCCGGUCAACUAUCCCUAUGUUUUUGUAUGCGCCUUGCUAUUUAGGCUUGAAGCUUGACCCUUGUUAUGAUGGCAUUGACGAAGCAGCUAUGCAGUAUCGCAUAAUACAGAUAAUUAUCCACACACUCGCAUGUAAAAGAUACUUUGAACACACUUGUCAGACAGUCUGUAGAGUUGCAAAUACCCCAUAUUUUGUGCAUUGCACGAUGUCGUGGGAACUUUUUUGAUGC